UUUCUCUCUCUACCCCCCCCUCUCUCUCUCUCUCCUCUCUCUCUCUGUGCUAGAAGUAGGUGAAAAGCAAAGAACCCUUGUUUCUUUUUUAUCUUCUCUUCUCAUUUUUUUUUCACAUUAACACAACCACUGUUCCUUCUUCAUCUCACCUAAUCCAACAAUCGAGAACAAAAAAAUCAUAUAGAAAGUGACAGAAAAUUCUACCCCAGAAGGGAAGGGUUAUACCCUUAUGUGUUUUUCUCUAAAGGGUAUUAUAAAGUUGGGAUUUUUUUGGAAGUGACGGCUGAAUCUGAUGUCACCAUCGAGUAGUGAGUUCUGAAAGGUGUUGGUUUUUUGGUUAGAUCUCAGUGAUUUUGCUCUUGGAUCUUUUGGAUGGGUUGAUUCAUUAGGGAAGUUGAGAUUUUGGGUUUGAUGGUUUUUGGAACCAGUGGCAAUGGCAAUGUUGGGUUAUCACUGAUUUUGUUUGUGUGUGUUUGGAAAUGUCUGCUUCUUUAGCAGCUUUUGAGAGACCUAGACCUGGGGCUUCAAAUACGGUUUUUAAAAGUGGCCCACUUUUCAUAUCUUCCAAAGGAAUAGGCUGGAAGUCCUGGAAGAAGAGGUGGUUUAUACUCACGCGCACGUCGCUGGUUUUCUUCAAAAAUGACCCUAGUGCUCUUCCUCAGAGAGGCGGGGAAGUAAACCUGACUUUGGGCGGUAUUGACCUAAACAACUCGGGGAGUGUUGUUGUUAGAGAAGACAAAAAGCUACUAACAGUAUUAUUUCCAGAUGGACGCGAUGGUCGAGCGUUCACCCUUAAGGCGGAGACGUCGGAAGACUUAUUUGAAUGGAAGACAGCUCUUGAACAAGCCCUUGCACAAGCACCAAGUGCUGCCCUUGUCAUGGGACACAACGGGAUUUUCAGGAAUGAGACAACUGAUUCUAUUGAAGGGUCUUUCAAUCAAUGGAGAGACAAGCGUCCGGUUAAGUCUUUGGUUGUUGGAAGACCGAUUCUGCUAGCACUCGAAGAUAUUGAUGGAGGGCCGUCUUUCCUUGAAAAAGCUCUUCGUUUUCUAGAGAAGUAUGGAACUAAAGUUGAAGGAAUAUUGCGGCAGGCUGCAGACGUUGAGGAAGUAGACCGAAGAGUUCAAGAAUACGAGCAAGGUAAGGUUGAGUUUGAUGCAGAGGAAGAUUCCCAUGUUGUUGGUGACUGUGUUAAGCAUGUUCUAAGGGAGCUUCCCUCGUCUCCGGUUCCAGCUUCAUGCUGUACUGCAUUGUUGGAGGCUUAUAAAAUUGAUCGCAAGGAAGCUAGGAUUAAUGCAAUGCGCUGUGCUAUAUUGGAGACCUUUCCAGAGCCAAAUCGACGUUUGUUACAGAGAAUUUUGAAGAUGAUGCACACGAUCGCUUCUCAUUCUAACGAGAAUAGGAUGACUGCUUCUGCCGUUGCUGCGUGCAUGGCACCUUUGCUCUUACGGCCUCUGUUAGCCGGAGAAUGUGAGCUAGAGGAUGAAUUUGAUGGUAGUGGUGAUAGUUCGGCACAGCUUCUUGCUGCCGCCAAUGCUGCAAACAACGCUCAGGCAAUUAUUACCACUUUGUUGGAGGAGUACGAGAAUGUAUUUGACGAAGAAAAUAUACAAAGAUGUUCUAUUUCAGCGGAUUCUCGGGUUGAAAACAGCGGGACUGAAGACUCGACUGAUGAUGAUAAUAUAGAUAAUAAAGAAAACGGUUACCAUGAUGCAGAGAAUGAAAAUGAUCAAGAAACAGAUGAUGAUGCUGAUCGUGUUCACAGUGGAAAAUUAAGCGAAAGUAGUGGUUAUGCCGGCAGUGAUCUUUAUGAUUACAAGCAGGCAUAUGGAGGAGAUGAUUCCGACGUUGGAUCCUCGACUAGUAAUCACGCUAAGGCUGGAAAUUCAAAUCGGAAUGCUGUUCCUGAUAUCCAUCUAUCUGAGGAUAAAAGCAAGCAAAGAAAAGGGAAUGAGAACUCAGUUGACGAGAAAGAUGUGCCGAUUGUGUUGCCUUCGACGGAAUCAUAUCGUUCCAUGGGUGAGAUUUUAUCUUCAAUGGAUCCCGGCAACCAUUUACCUGUGCCUGGAAUAGAAUCGGGUUCUGGAAAGCAAACUGGUAAAGCUAGUAGUGGCACAAGCUUUAGUUCUAAACGGUCAACCUUCUGGGGAAGAAGCAAUCCGAGGAAGUCACCGUCAGUGGAGUCGGUUGACUCUUCUGGAGAAGAGGAGCUUGCUAUUCAAAGGUUAGAGAUUGCGAAAAACGAUUUGCAACAUAGGAUCGCAAAGGAGGCUAGAGGCAAUGCAAUUUUACAAGCAAGCUUAGAGAGAAGGAAACAAGCUUUGCACGAGCGGCGCUUGGCACUUGAACAAGACGUUUCAAGGUUGCAAGAACAGUUGCAAGCUGAGAGGGAUCUUAGAGCUGCUUUGGAAGUUGGUUUGAGCAUGUCCUCGGGACAAAUUUCCAAUUCACGCGGAAUGGAUUCCAAGACGAAGGCUGAGCUAGAGGAGAUUGCACUUGCUGAAGCCGAUGUGGCUAGGUUGAAACAAAAGGUUGCGGAACUUCACCAUCAACUUAAUCAGCAAAGACAACAUCAUUACGGUUCACUUACUGAUGUAGGUGGUGAUCGAUACCAGCACGCACAAAAUCUUCCUCAGCCGAGAUUUCUUCAGCAAGAUUUUGAUUCAACGCUUGCUUAUUGUAAUCAUGAAAGGAAACAAAGAACCGAGGAGAGUGUGUUGGGAAAUGAUUGGAGAAAUAUCAAAGGACAAGUAUUGGCUUCUGGUAAUGGUACUAGGCAGACGUCUCGGAAGCCGUUUAUAGAUUCGAGUCCUAGUGAUUCGAAAAGCACCGAGGCAUCGACAAGUAUGUCCGUAGAUGAACUCGGUGUUGUUGAUUCCGGCUCGGUGCCUUCUACCUCAAGAGCAGCAGAGGUGACAGAAUACGGAAGACAUCCAUCUGUAGCAUCUUCGACGUUAGUAGAGUUAACGACCCGUCUUGAUUUUUUCAAGGAAAGGCGAUCGCAGUUGAUGGAACAGCUUCACAACCUUGAUUUAAACUAUGGUUCUACAACUUCCCAAGACAUGGUCUACAAACCAACAUCACCAUCAUGGAGUUGACUGGCCAAAUAACAACUUCAUAAUAAUCCUUUGUGAAGAAUUUUGUAUAUCCUUUGACUCAUUGCAUAUAUUAGUAUCAUCCUUAUCCUUUGUGGUCUCAAUGCACUGCUUCAUUCUCUUUGUUCCUAUUAAAUUUAUUUUCCCUCUCUUUUGGUAGUUUAAGGUUGUUGGAAUUGAAAUGAGAAGAUUUUCUUUUGGUCACAAGUUUUUUUUCUUGUUUUUUUAGGGGGAGGAGGUGGAGUUUGUGGUGUAAUUAGAUGUUAUGUUUAUAGAUAGAUGGGAUAAUUUUGUUGUUGAACAAAACAACUUCAAUGAGGAAAUAUUAGUAAUGUUUUGGUAAA